AUGUCCGCACCUCAAUUCUUUCAUCAAGAUCAAGGUCAGCACCAAGGAUACUAUGACCCCAACUACAUGCAGUUUUCCCAAUAUCCCUACCAGGAUCCCAAGGGAUCCCAUCUGCCGGCUUUUGGGGCCCCAGCAAACCCAAACACCUACUUCACUCCUUCAAUGCCUCCGCAGGGAAGCAUCGCGGCCGAUUUCGAUUUUGAGGAUGAACCACCCCUGCUGGAAGAGCUUGGCGUAAAUUUCAGUCACAUUCUCCAGAAGGUACGUACGAUAUUACAAAUACAGGCCUACUGA